ACAUUCUUGCUCAGUCAACACCUAGUACCUCCACUCCAGCUGGAGUUUCGAAACAUCUUCAUUUCAGUCUCGAAUCAGCAAGAACAGUAACUGCAUGCUGUUGUAAACACUCUGUGACGAACAGCAAUCAUCGGAAGUAUCUUGGAAGCGAGCCGCAUUCCCUGCGAGAAUGGAGAGUAUGUUUGGGCGCCAUGCGCCCUCCUUGUCGGCGUUGAGCGACUUCAGCAAAUUGAGCCAUGAUGACCGGUCUCACUUGAAGAAAGUCUAUACGUCUCUUUCUCUUACAUUGCUAGCUGCCACCGCUGGCUCUGCCGUCAAUGUCUUGCUUGGCAUGUUUCAGGGAGCCUUCCUGGCUUCUAUUGUGUCCAUCGGUCUCCUGCUUGCUCUGCGAUUCAAUCCGGACAAUGGCAAGAACCUGGCUACCCGUCUAGGUUUGCUAGCGGGCUUUGGCUUUUUCAGCGGUGUUUCUAUGGGGCCACUCAUUGCUCACGUUGCUGCAAUUGAUCCAUCCCUGAUCUUCACUGCCCUUGGUGGCACCGUCGUUGUCUUUGUCAGCUUCUCCUUGUCGGCACUCUAUGCUGAGGAGCGCUCCUACCUGUACCUGGGAGGUUACCUUUUGUCAGGACUGAACUUCUUGCUGCUCACCAGCCUGGUGAACAUGUUCAUUGGCUCCAUCUUUGUUUUGGAGGUGCAGCUCUACCUUGGCCUAGCUAUCUUCUGUGCGUUUGUGCUCUACGACACGCAACUGAUCAUUGAGAAGAGCAGGAUGGGUGACAAGGAUUAUAUCUGGCAUUCCGUUGACCUCUUCCUGGACUUCAUAGAGAUCUUCAGGCGCCUGUUGAUCAUCUUGGCCAAGGAUGACAAGAAGAAGAAGAGACGUGAUUAAACCACCGACGUGUGCACACGAUCAUAACACAGCAGUCGUUUAGCAGCGAGCAUGCGCAGCUAUUAUCAAUACUUCAUGAAAUUAGCAUUUAUUAUGUCCAUGAAACUACAGCUAUUGCCAUGUAUAUGUAUUACUAGUUGCUAUUCAGUACUCUCUAUCUAUUGUCAGCUGGCUACUAAAAACUAGGUUCUUACGCAUUGUAAUGAUUCAUGUUCAUUUGCACUGACUAAGCUUGACAGACACAUCAUGCACACCAUGUGCACUUUCUAAAAAUGAAAUUAUGUCGAAGGCUA